AUGCUAGCAGCAGCACGAGCAGAACUUGCGUCUGGUGAUUCAGGCGCUGGGCAAAAUGGUACCUCCACAAAACCCCCCAAGAAGCGCGUCCGCAAUUUCACGGCAGAUGAUCGAGCUGCACAUCGCAUCUUUGAGAAGAAACGCCGGGAGCUAUUUCGAGAGCGCCUCAAUGACUUGGCGAAAGAACUGCCUGCGCUAGCUGGGAAGAACCCCGCCAGGCUGUCAAAGCACGACGUGAUUGAUGAGAGCAUAAACCGUCAUCAGCUAGAGCGCGGUGCCUGCCUGGAUGUGAUACAAGCUUAUAGAGCUUUGCUUCAGGAGCGGGAUGACUUGCUGGGCGAGGUCAAUACCUGGCGAGCUACUGCUGCGAUGCCUAAACGUCAUGCUACGAGCAACCAGAUGAACCUUGAUGAGCUGGGCAAGCUGGAGACCAGAGUUCGAGGUCAACAGCCAGAAGUCAUUCGCGCAGAUGUCCAAGAGUUGGCUCCGGUGGACACAAGCUAUACCAUCGUCAACGAUCUGACUUCCCAGCCUUCUUUCUCCCCUCCGACCAAUUCUAUUCAUCCAGCACCAGUACCCCACCCAGCCUUACUAGGCACCGAAGAGUCCAGUCUGAUUCAAAACUCGUCAUUUGAUCCAGCUGGACCCUUACCUCAUUCUGAUGAGCUCAUCAACCAGACUAUGGCUCUGAUGGAGACGCAACAUUUACCAAAUCAAGUUAUGAUGAUGCCACUAAAGAAUAUGACGGAGCCCACUGUGGAUGCAAUCGUAGAGCCACAACUGGAGAAUGGCAGGCCAAUCUCUAACAUGCACGACUUCCUUACGGACACCUCAGGCGAUCACAUCUCUCUCACAGGCUGGAAUACCGACUUUCCUCUUUCAGCGAUGGACUUUGGGCCAGACACGACACUUCAACAAUAUUGUUUCUAG